UCCUCCUCCGUCGUCGUCGUCUCGCAAGCUCAGUUAUACAUUACUAUUAUAUAUACAAGACGGUGCGGCCCGCAGCUGUUCCGCGCUUUCGUAAUAUAGUAUAUACAAUAUAUAUAUAGCUAUAUAUAUAUAUACAGUCAAGUGUUAUAGUGUGUCGCGUUGGACGACGACGGCAGCCGUCCACUAUCAGUGCACUGUCUGCGGUGCUUGUGUGUGUUGUUGGUGUGUGUGCUGUGUGCUGCGAGUGCUGCCAGCAGCAGCAGCAGCAGUAGUCUCUUAUCAACGCGGCUAUAUAUCUGCAACGCGCACAGAAGUAUAGGAUGAACAACAAUCAGAGCGGCGCCAAAGUGUCGUCCAAGGAGAAGAGGGUCGCGACAAAAAUGCCGAGGCGGCCGAAACCGAGCGUCAAGGAGCUGAACGAGCACAUCGUCUGCUCGCUCUGUCGGGGAUACCUCAUCGACGCCACGACCCUCGUCGAGUGUCUUCAUUCUUUUUGCCGGGGCUGCAUAGUGCGACGACUGCAGGCCGGCCCCAAGAACUGUCCCGUCUGCUGCGCCAGCGCUAGUCAGGAUCCUCUCGUGCACGACGUGGCCCUGCAGCGCCUCGUCUAUCUCGUCGUGCCCGGCCUCUACAAGUCCGAGAUCGAGCGUCGCCGACACUUUCGCCAGGUCAAUCCGCAGUGCACGAAUCUCACUCGGCAGCCGGUGGGCGCGCCCGAGCUCACCUUCGACGACCUGGUCAGUCUCAGUCUGAGUGAGUGGAAACCCGGCGGUGGUGGUGCUGCGGCGAUCGGCAUCAACGACGACGACGACGACGAUGGUCCCGCCCCCACCAGAUAUCUCAAGUGUCCCGCGGGGGUGAGCGUCAAGCAUCUGGUGAGGCUGCUCAUGCUCAAGCGCGGCUGGGACCAUCAGGCGCAGGACCCCACAAGGCGACGCAUCGACAUCAUGUACGAGGUCAAGGCCAGCGGCGGUAGCGGGAAAAAGACUGAAUUAGAGGUGCUGGAUCCGGCCUGGACGCUGCUCGAUCUCGCCUGCAUAUUCGAUUGGAAAAGGCAAGCACCUAUGAAGCUUCUCUACCGAAUCAACAGCGUCGAAGACUCGACCUUAGUCAACAGCAAAAUUCAAAGCAGCAACAGUGUCCACAACGACUCGACGGCGAGCAAUCAUCAUCACCAUCACCAGCAGCAGCAGCACCAAUCGAUGGAAAACAUCCAAAGACCACCGACUCCACCCCCUAGUCCGAAACCGGCUCUGUCGCCGGGCAAGACGUCGUCCAGUCGACCGACGACGACGACGACGACGAUCGGCAGCGAUCAUCAUCAUCAUCACCAUCACCACCACAACCAAACUAAGGAACUCCUGGAGACGCGCAAGCCCCGCUGCGAGGUGACGCCCGUCAUGCGAUCGCCCGAUUACGUCACCAGCGCCAACAACAACAACAACAACAACAAUAACAACAUCAAUCCAGACAGGCAGCGUAAAGCCAACAAACUCGCGAAACUCGAGCAUCAGCACAAGCGCAAGAAGCGAAAAAACAAGCGGGUCAUCGCCGAGAUCACGACGACGCCGCGCGAGGAUCUGCUCAAGCUCAAGGUCCGACUGACGCCCUGUCCACCGAGGAUCACCUCCAAUACCGUCAGUAGCAGUAGUAGCAGCAGUACCAGCAGCGUAGCGACUCAGUCCAAGGAGAAGCUGAUACAGAUGCGAGCCGUGAGAAAGGAGAAGACGAAGGAGCCCAGUCUGAAGAUUCACAUACCGAAGAUCGACGAGGUGCACAACGCCAUGCUGGAGGAGAAAAAAUCGGCUGCGGCGGCGGCGGCUGUGGCUGCCAAGAUGGAAGAGAUGAAGAGGAGUAGUAGCAGCAGCGAAGAGAAGCCGUUGAAGAUAUCCAUGAAGCUGGGCGACCCCGCCAACAAGGAAAAAGUCGAGCUGAUCAAGAUCAAGAGGAAAGAGGAGAGAAUAGCGGCGGCGGUUGAGCAACAGCAACAGCAUCAGCAGCAACUACAACAGCAACAACAGCAUCAUCAGCAGCAGCAGCAGCGAGAAGAGACGCCGAAAAACGAGGAGGUGCUGCGCAAACUGGGACUGGUCGCGAUCGCCGAGGCCAAUCGCAACAAGCACGACUCGGCGCAGGAGCCGCAGCAGAAGAGAAAGUCCGACGAGUCCGCGCACGACGCGGCCGCGCGCGAGAAACUCGAGAAGAAGUAUCGCUUCGGCAAGGCCAAUCGAGUGCGCAGUUUAUUGGCCGAGAAGCAGAUGAGAGACGCCGAGAAGUGCAUGUCGUCGUCGGUUUCCAAAUCGUCGUCGUCGUCGCCGCAAUUCCGAACGACGACGCCGACGCAGACACAGACGACGACGAAGCGAAAAGAGCCACCGCCCCUGACGCCGCUGCGCAACGCCAAGAGGGCCAACGUCACCUUCGCGCCGGCGUCGUCCUUCAUCGGUGGAAGAAACGAGUCGCCGCUGGAUCUGAGCAGUCCGACGUCCAACUUCGGCGGCGGCGGCGGCUCGAUGAUCAAGGACAACAGCGUGCUGGACCUGUCGGAGUCGAAGGCGAGUCGAUCGCCCGCGGAGAAACCCGCGGGUAUAUUGAGAAACAGCAACAAUCCGAGCAAACCGUCGCCACCUCCGCAAGCGGUGGCUUCGCAACAGCUGCAGCAGCAAAUCACCUUGGACAAUAAGAGCCGAGAGGACAAGAAGAACCAGGAGGCCAAUCUGCAGACCCUGUCGAACGCGGCCGCAUCGCUGAUGGGCGUCGUCACCUCGCAGCAACAGACGUCACCACCGCCACCAUUGUCAAAACUACCACCCACGUACAUGAGCAGUCCCAUAGGCAACGGGCCGGUUUCGCAACAGCAACAACCAACGUCGAAUCUGCACAAUCGAGUCGAUCUGAGGAUACCUCAGCCUCAGCAGCGACUCGCCAGCUUCAGCAUGAAGAUGAAGCCGUCGAUGGGCGUGCGCCACAUACCGAAUCCCCAGGCAGUGGUGGCCUCGCAGUAUCGCAAUCAGCGCGCCGGCUUCUUCGGGCUGGCCCAUCAGCCGCCAUAAGAGAACAAGAAGGCAGCGUCAGGUCUGACGGAUUAUCACGACGCUUUCGUCAAAUUCCUCGAUAAGCGCAUGAGUAGUGGUGGUAGUAGUAGUAGGGUGGCGACGGCUUCGUCGACGCUCUGACGGCGGCUCGCGGCGGCCGCCUCGGUUAUGGUCGUCGCCGAUCUCCUCCUCUCGUCUCUCCUUCCUCGAGUCGAUUAUCGUUAUUACGUUACUAAAGUAUUUACGAUCUUUUAACGAUCGCGCGCGGAGAGAGAGAAGAGACGGCAACGGCGGUAAACGCGGCGGUGGCGGCACACGGGGCGGUCUAUA